GGUGCCCAUGUAGGGGACUAACAGAAGCACUGCAGACCUUUAUAGAGAGACAAGUGAUAAGAGUCCUCAUACUUAAAGACUCCAUUAGCAACACCACUGACCCAGGAGCACAAACACAGAGCAAAGCAGACAGUCAACAUGGCUAGUAAGAAAGCUGCAGCUAAGAGGGGGAAAACUGCUCAAAGGGGCUCCUCCAAUGUCUUCUCCAUGUUUGAGCAAUCACAAAUACAGGAGUUUAAAGAGGCAUUUGGCUGCAUAGAUCAGAACCGGGAUGGAAUUAUUAACAAAUCUGAUCUGAAGGAAACUUAUGCACAGCUAGGAAAGCUGAAUGUGAGUGAUGAAGAGCUGGAGUCUAUGUUAGCAGAGGGAAAAGGGCCCAUCAACUUUACUGUCUUCCUCACUCUCUUCGGAGAAAAGCUUAGUGGCACAGACCCAGAAGAAACCAUUCUUGCUGCUUUUAAACUGUUUGACCCAAAUGCUACAGGAGUUGUCAAUAAGGAUGAGUUCAGGAGGCUGCUAAUGAACCAAGCUGAUAAAUUCACAGCAGAAGAGGUUGACCAGGCUUUUGCAGUGGCUCCAAUAGAUGUGGCUGGGAAUAUUGACUAUAAAUCACUUUGCUACAUUAUCACGCAUGGUGAUGAAAAGGAGGAGUCUUGAAUAAAGACAAAUCCUCCAUUUCAUUUGAACUUCCUCAGUUUAGUUCUGUCUGCAAUUCUGUUCGUCAACCCUCAGGCAUGUCAAGAGCUUUCAUUAUUACACUGCAUUUCACAACAAGAUUCCUUGUUCUGGUAGAUCUAGAUAUAAUAAAGGCAAGGAGUAAUGCAACUCUAUUGCUUGCUGUAACAUGUAUUGUACUGUUAGGAGCAGUGCACUACAAGACAACAUGGUUUCAUAACACAAACAGCAUUCUUGUAUGUUUUUAACAGAAAAAUAUAUAAUAUGCAUUUAUAAGAUAAAACUGAAUUAUAUAUAUGAUUUGAUACCUAUAUAUGAUAUGAAGUCCAGCUCAUUGACUUCAGUUUUAUCUUUUACAUACAUAUUAUUGGACUAAUAACAAUUAUAACUAAAAGAACUGUAGAAAAGGCCAUAAUGUUAGGAUAUUUGCUCACUUUUAAAUUCUGUCUGUAAGUGCUGCCCCCCACAGACAGUUUGUUGAACUGCAAUUAGUAACUGGAACUUUUGAGGCCUUUGAAUUCUUGGAGUACGAGUGGCACAUUUUCUCAAACCUCUAAUAAACUUCAUACUCAGUUGC